AUGGCAGAAGCAUCAAACGCGGCGGAGUCGCCGUUCAGCCCGCUCGACCCGUCCCUCAGGCAGAUCCGCCUGCUCCGGAUCGAGCCGAACCCAUCCGACCUGAGCGCGGUGCUGGAGACCGUCUCGCUCGACGAUGGGCCAAAGUACACGGCGCUCUCCUACACGUGGGGCACGGAGAUGUCCAGCGGCGCCGGCAUCGCGCUGAACGGGCAGGGCCAGACCUGGCGGCUGCCCAUCACCAGGAACCUCGAGGUGGUCCUGGAGCACCUCUGCGCGAGCGGGGACGGGAAGCCCAUCACGCUCUGGAUCGACGCGCUGUGCAUCAACCAGACGGACGUGGAGGAGAAGUCCCACCAGAUCACGCUCAUGAGGGACGUCUACAGCGGGGCCGAGGCGACCUGCUUGUGGCUCGGCCCAGCGGCCGACAACAGCGACCUGGCCAUGGCGACCAUCGGGGAGCUAUUUGCGGCGAGGACAUAUGUGCUCCCCGACGGCGCCCUGUCUGAGGCGCAUAUCGAGGCUAUCAACGCCCUGCAGCGGCGCGAGUGGUGGUCCCGGAUCUGGGUACUUCAAGAGGCCAUGUUGUCACCCAGUCCCAUCGUAAGAUGCGGCAGCGCGACGCUCCCUUUCGAGGCUUUCGUCCACCUCGACGACAUCCGGCUGGGCUACAUCCGGCCGGAGCGGCGCUCGCUCGACAACGCGUCGGGUGGGAGUCGCUUCCUCAUCCAGGGGAGCCCCUUUAGGCAGAUUCUCACACACUACCCCGACGAGAAGCCAAGGGUCAGGGCGGGCAUCACACCCCUGGCUGAGUACGUGCACAUGGUCGAUCAGUUCAAAGCCACAAACCCGCGGGACAAGAUCUAUGGCCUCCUCGGGCUGGGGAUGCCAUCCGACGUGCAUUUCCUUGCACCGAAUUACUCGCAGAGCGUUGCCGAUGUCUACACCCGCGCGACGGCACGCUUCAUCAUCCAGUACCAGGAGCUCAUCUGGCUGCAGUUCGACAACGACAACAAGAGCCCCAGGCACGCGCUGCCGUCGUGGUGCCCGGACUACUCGACGGAGCCGGGCCGGCCCCCGCGCGGCUACACGGCCAUCACGGCCGUGGGGCCGGACGCCUUCUGCGCCAGCGGCUCGUCGUGCUGGGGCGUGGCGCGGCUGUUCGUCUCGGGCAUCUUCCCGACGCCGGCGUGGGACGAGCUGCACCUGCGCGGGCUCGACUUCGACGAUGUUGAGUAUGUCGGGCCGAACCCGUUCGUGGAGCGGUACAUGGGGAAUGUGCUCGCUGAGAGGAUGGAGAACGUCCGGGCGGUGCUGGCCAAGUGGCAGCGGGAUGGGUUCCCUUAUGCUCCCCUGGGGCUGGGACAGAGCGAGGCCUUCUGGAGGGCGCUGAUGUGGGAUCGGGACUGGGACAAGAACAAGGUUCCGUUGGAGCAUGGGCGGUACUUCGAUGCGUGGCUGGGCCGCGCAGAUGUCGAUGCUUCUUACGCUGCGGCCAAUAGCAGCGCAGGCAUGGACGAGGUCGAGGUCCGCAGGACGUUUGUCAAGCCCUUCACCGACUGCUGCAUCUCCCGGUCUCACGGCCGGUCCUUUGUCAUCACCAAGAGGGGAUACAUUGGACUUGCACCCUUUAAGACCUGCGUGGGCGACAAGGUCACGGUGCUGCAGGGCGGGACUGUACCGUUCGUGCUGAGGGAGCGCGCAGCUGCUCCGGGGGAAGGCUUCGAUGGUGCAGCUGGGCAGGUGGAGUCCACAAAGUUACGGUGCGAGUUCGUGGGCGAGGCAUUCGUGCUCGGAAUCAUGGAAGGCCAGGCCGUGUCCCAGGCUCGUGAGGAGGAAGUCAAAGUGUUUAUUCUUACCUGA